GGUACGAAUAGACGAGAAGACGGUGCAAGUUACGCCUAUGACGUGAUGUAGGUAUUGAUUGUCCCGUGACUGGCCAUACGGAGUAGCGACCGGUAAGUACCGAUACCUUGGCAGCAGCCGCUCGUCCCUCUCCUCGUCCAGCCCAGAGCCGCCCAAGUCCCCACCUAGGUAAGGUAAAGUACUUUCUGAAAAGCAAUCCGCUCUACCUAGGUACUUUGUAAGCACGGCUCGUAACGGUUGUGACCACCGCAUCGCAUCGCAACAACGUGUCUUCCAAUUGUUGGCUUUUGGCCAUAGUCUCCAAGAUGUUUCUCGCACCAAUGCGUUGGUGCUUGUAAUUAACUUUGUUCCCCUAUGUCUACCAAGUACAUGUGAAUCAAACCAAUAAUGUGUCUGCAUGCGGCUUCGAGGACUUCUUCGUACUUCGUAAUCAUUUCUGGACGCAUAAUCAACCAACCACCAGUGUCCCGUCGCUUGAUUCAGAGAUGGCCCUUUGGUUCGAUCUUCAAGAUCUAUGCAUGUGAAAAUCAACAACGCCCAUUUCAUCAUGCUGGUCGUUGGUUGAUGUUCUCUUCGUUCUCUCCUCCUCAUUGUGCCCAGUAUAGUUCGGCACUGCCCAAGACAGCUAUAACCCGGGGGAAAGGGGGGGUUGGGUUCGCCGGUCGACCGGCCGACUGGUCAAAAUUCUCAUCAAAUAAGACCCAUGUCUUUCAGAGCUUUCCGGGCGUCUUCCGUCUCCUGCAAUUCAAUCGAGAGGACGUGCCCAUUAGCCCAGUGUACUGCCAUGCGCCGCGUGUCGGAACGGUGAUAGAAACUCGUGCGUCUGAGAUCGAAAUUCGGAAAAAAGAGGUCCGAAAGAGGACUCUUGUCAGGCAUCGCGAUGUAAGAUCCACCAACCAGAUGCCGGAUACAAUUGUAAAAGGGCGUCACAUGAUCUUUGUAACCUCGUCUUCGACCUGGUUGAAGGGCCGGGGGUGGGAGGGCGGGGGAGUCAGCUCGAAAUGCAAACGAAGGUAGAGGGCUACGGCCUUGCUGGUCCACUGGCUACAUCGAACAUUCCAUCCCCAGCAAAGGAGAACGGAUGAUGUGAGGAAGAACGGGACAGCGACAAGGGCGUGCGGAACUGGGGGACGCGGCCGCGAAGCGGUAGGGGGAUAAGAGGAAAGCGCAACAGGGGAAAACAUACCUCCA